AUGUUUCACUCACGAAAAGUAUUCGCCCAAGCUUCUCGUCGACUUCUUCACACCCAGGUCGGACAGGAUCCACUGCCUCGCAUCGUAGGAGUCGUCGGCACCACUGGUGUGGGCAAGACCAAGCUUGGGGUCGAGCUUGCGAGGGCUGUGCCCACCCUGGCUCCACACCCUGAUCCUGGACGUUCCGCCCCUGACUCGCGGCUGGCCCCCAUUGCGGAGGUUAUCAAUUCCGACUCGAUGCAAUUCUACAAAGGCUUCGACAUCAUGACGAACAAGACGACGCCUCGAGAAAUGCAAGGCGUUAAGCACCACCUUUUCAACAUUCUCGAACCCGACCAGAGUUAUUCGGUCCAAGAUUUCGAAUCCGACGCGCUUAGAUUGGUGAAUCAAAACUAAAUGGGCCCCAAGAUCUUAGUAAACGGUCUCACUGAUUCAAUGUCUCACCACGAGCUUAGAUCCAAGACCUGUGGCAGCGGUCGGCCGUCCCCAUUUUCGUGGGGGGUUCCGACUACUUCCUUAGACAUCUGAUUUUCGGCCACGGAUCCACCGGCACGCCGGCGUCUUCGUGGGGCAGCAUGGGGCAGCGUCAGGAGCAGGCGCCGAGGCAAGUCGAACCGAAGGAAGCUAACCCAUCCGGUGCACACCGGUCACCUCCCUAGUGCUCGAGCUUACAUCAUGCGCAAACGUGAUGUUUUGAUUCCACAGAUACACUGCCCUCAUUUUCUGGCCCUACGCGGAGACCAGCGUGCUGAACAAGAACCUGGAUGACCGCGUCGACAAGAUGGUCGAGGUCAGUCGAGUCUCACUAAGCGAUGACAGGGGCCAUGGCGACCACAGCGAGCGGUCACCUGACUGACACCGGCCAUAUGUUCUCACGUCUUCACGGCUCAUUAUACGUCAUAGCUUGGCCUUCUGGAGGAGGUUGAGCAGAUGUGGGCCUUGCAAGGCCGAAACCUCGAAACCGCCGAUUGGUCGAAAGGGGUUUUUCAGUCGAUUGGUUCGCCGCAUCUCACUUCGAGUCGGGACCCGUGAUUACUCUAGAUUGGUAGUGAGCUGAAGUUUAAAAAUUUCCUUAUCAACCAAAUAGGUUACAAGCAGCUGCUUCCAUAUAUCUCAAGUCGCCACGGCUCUUCGAUCUUGCCUCAGCUCCUACUGGAAGCCGGCAUCGAGCGCACCAAGACCGCAACCCGUCGGUACGCGCAACUUCAGAUCGAUCGGCUCAAGAACGCGCUCUUGCCGACGGUCAAGGGGCUUCAAGAUCCUGCCCAAGUGACUGUGGUGAUGCUUGAUGCGACAGGUGAGCCUUAGCCCUUGACAAAUCCACAGUGCUGUGGGGCCAAGACAGUGGUCGUCCUCCACAGCCGCAUAGGCGGCAGCUACUGACGGAACCGUGGCCGGAUCCCUCUUCCACGUGGCUAGACCUCACCCGGUGGGAGGAAAACGUUCGACAACCGGCUCAAGCAUACCUGCGUGGUGGGUCCUUGUUGGAGCGGACCACACGUGCUCGAACUCACGGAUCUCUCUCUUCCCGUCCCGAGCCGAGGCUAACACUUGAUCUCUUGUUCUCAGCGUUCCUGGCGAACGAGCCACUCCCCGAUCCGACUUCUCUAUCUCCUCUCGCCGAGCGCCAUCUUUCUGGGAUCCCGUUGCAGUGAGUAAACUUUCGCCCAGUCGGUCCCUCGAGAACUUUUACUCAUGCCAACCGAGAUUGGGGAACCGGCCACAGUCAACCUGGAAGGGAGCGCAUGGUCGACCCCAGUGCUUCGGUCGCUGACCUGCUUGCUUUUGAUCACGCGGCGCGUAACUUCAAGCAAUGA